AUGUCCUGUCAAGCCUGUCGGACCAUCCCGCCCGUGAUCGCAACGGGGUACACCCCCAAGGGCCAGUUCGAGACCCUCGCCGGCCUCAACACCUACGUCACGGGAAAUUCCGAUGCCCAGAUUGGCAUCGUAGACCUAUACGAUGUUUUCGGUAUGGCCAGCCAGACCAUUCAAGGCGCCGAUCUCCUCGCAGCUAGGCUGAACGCCGUCGUGCUCAUCCCGGACUUCUUUGGUGGAGAGCCCCUGAAACAUGAAUAUGUGCCCGCCGACACGGACGAGAAGAAACAGAUUAUUGCGGAGUUCGUGGCUCAUAAAGCUGAUAUCGCUCGCAACGUUGGUGUCGUGACCGAGGCAGUCCAGGUGUAUCGCACCCGAUUCUCAUCGGUUCGCAAGUGGGGUGCCUUUGGUCUAUGCUGGGGUGGAAAAGUGACCGUUCUGGCGUCUGGCCCCAACACCCCGUUCGCAGCAUCGGGUCAAGUGCAUCCUGGUCGGAUGGAUGCGGCGGAUGCACAAGCUCUGACUAUUCCCCAUAUCGUGUUGGCCUCGAAAGAUGAGCCUGCUGAUGCGAUCGCGGGCUAUGCUGACUUGUUUGCGAAGAAAGAGAAAGAAGGACAUAUUGAGACCUACUCCACCAUGUGGCACGGGUGGAUGGGGGCUCGAGCCAAUCUUGAGCAGGAGGAAAGCCAGGCUGAAUAUGCUCGUGGAUACAACCAGCUGGCAGACUUUUUCGAGAAACAUCUUGCUUGA